AUGGCAGACAAGUCCCUCAAAUCCACCUGCCAUUGUGGCGCCAUCACAGUGAUCGUGCCUCACCAACCAGAGGAAAUCAACGAAUGUCAAUGUACAAUCUGUCGACGCUACGCAGCUGCUUGGGCGUACUACAAAGUGAAUGAAGUCAAAUUUAAUAUGAAAGAAGGCGCCAAACUCCGUCGAUGCUAUUGGUGGCCGCUUGAAGAAAAAACGCCAGAUGGCGGUGCAGCUGAAUUCGGCCUAAAUACGAGGAAUAUGGAUCCUAUGGAAAUAUUGCAAGUUAAUCGUAAGAUUGACAACGCCUUCCUGUUCCGGCCUCUCAACGAUAAAGCUUCUGCGCAUGAGCAGGAUAAGUCCAAGUACUGA